AUGGCUGCUUUCUCAUGUCCAUCGUCCUAUGUUAUAAGGUGCUCUUCCAAUAGAGAUAAUAAUCAUGAUCAAAAUAUGAAAAAUCUGAAUAACAUCAAGAUCAGUGGGACUUCACCGAGUCCAAGGUCGGGUGGUAAGCCUGAUAUGCUGAGCCAAAAGACUGGAGCAGCCACCACUUCUGUUGCUUCCGUUACUAAAAAUCACUCUCUCACUGCCGAGAGAAUUCGACAGAAUAUCCCGACAAAGAAGCAGUUAGUUGAUCCGUUUCGUCAAGGUCUCAUCAUUGAAGGCGGUGUCGGGUACAGACAGACGGUUGUUAUUAGGUCCUAUGAGGUUGGACCUGAUAAAACUGCAACUAUGGAGAGCGUCCUUAAUCUUCUUCAGGAAACAGCAUUAAAUCAUGUAUGGAUGUCCGGACUACUUAGUGACGGAUUUGGUGCCACACAUGGAAUGAUGAGGAACAAUCUCAUAUGGGUUGUUUCAAGAAUGCAAGUUCAAGUUGAUCAGUAUCCAAUCUGGGGAGAGAUAGUAGAAAUCGACACGUGGGUUGGAGCGUCAGGGAAGAAUGGAAUGCGGAGAGACUGGCUAAUCCGAAGUCAAGCCACGGGCCAUGUAUUGGCACGUGCAACCAGUAUCUGGGUCAUGAUGAACCGGAAAACGAGGCGCCUCUCAAAGAUUCCAGAAGAGGUGAGGGCUGAGAUUUCGCCUUGGCUUAUUGAGAAGCAAGCCAUCAAAGAAGAUGUCCCUGAGAAAAUCGUCAAGUUGGAUGAUAAAGCAAAGUAUAUGAACGAUGACUUGAAGCCCAAGAGAAGUGACUUGGACAUGAACCACCAUGUGAACAAUGUAAAGUAUUUAAGAUGGAUGCUAGAGACCAUACCAGACCGUAUUUUGGAGUCUCACCAACUAUCCGAAAUCACCCUAGAAUAUCGAAGGGAAUGUGGGAGUUCGGAUAUAGUUCAAUCACUUUGUCAACCAGAUGAAGAUGAGAUACUCAACAAUGGAGUGAGCCAAGAUAUAAAUGAUAUCACCAUACUGAAUGGAUUUUCUUUGGCCACUGAGAUUAUGAAGGGAAAUGGACUUUUGGGGUCCUUUGAGAAAAGGCCAUUGAGGUAUACACAUCUCCUCCAAACCAAAGAGGAGUCCAAAAAUGAAGAGAUUGUUAGAGGAAGGACUGUAUGGAAGAAAAAAAUUCCCACAAUGCUAUUUUCUACCUAG